GGAAAUAAAAUGGCAGCGACCGAGGACGAGGCUUCAUCCAUGGAAAACAUCUCCCGGGCUCCAUCGGCCCACACAGCGGCUCUGACACCGGCCGCGGGCCCCAGCAGUCAGGCAGAAGGCCCGGAAGAUGCAGCGGCCAGCCCGGCGCCCGCUCCUAGGAAGCCCCACACCAACAGUGAUGGAGGUGUGGAGACAGCAGAGGAGGCUGUGGAGCCUGCAGAGCCUGACAUCAACGAGCUGUGCACUGACAUGUUUGACAAGAUGGCCAUCUUCCUGCAAGGAGAACUUACAGCCACCUGCGAGGAUUACUGUCUGUUGGAGAACAUGAACAAGUUAACCAGUCUGAAGUACAUGGAAAUGAAGGACAUCAGCAUCAAUAUCAGUCGUAACCUGCAGGACCUCAACAAUAAGUAUGCAAGCCUACAGCCCUACUUGGACCAAAUAAAUCAGAUCGAGGAGCAAGUCUCUGCCCUUGAGCAAGCUGCUUACAAACUGGACGGGUACUCCAAAAAGCUGGAGGCCAGAUUCAAAAAACUGGAGAAGCGAUGAAGAGGAAGAAGAGUCAGACUGAGAGUUACGGUGGCUUCUCACCUUCUCUCACCCUGCCCUGCCUAAGUCUGUCAUUGGCAGUGGAGCCAGAAGCUGUGGGCAGGAUGUUAACUGAGACUGAAACAACAGGUCGGAGCCAUUUUGAAACCUAGAAUUGACCAAGGAGGAAGCAGCUGAAGGAACAUGAACUAGUAUCACGGUGCUGAGCUUAGAUUUAACUCCAGUAUUCCUGUUUUUGGCAGAGGAUCUGCAGCCAUGAUGUACAUGAAUCCACAGUGUAUAUCCACAUUCCUCUGCAGAUAUGCUUUAUGUUGAAUAAAUCUGCUCAACGACCAGCAUAUCCUAAAUGAGUGAUGGAAACAGAAUGUAUCUAAUAAAAACCACAGCAGAUUGGCCGGCCCUUCACUGUUUGAGGUGUAUAUAAUGACAUUUUUGUCAUAUGUAGAUAAUAAACAUGAUGAAACAUGUACAUUGAUUUCUUUUUUUAAUGUCCUCGCCUUCUAAUCAUGUUAAAUUUAGACAACUAACCCCCCCUUAAGGGAGAAUUUGACUUAGAACCUGAUACCUAUAUUCGGAGACCGUAUCCUUUUUAUUUAUAGACUAAUGUGCCUGGAGAAUGUGAACAGCACCACGUUCUGCUAAAGUUAACAAGAUAUCACUAUUUUAAAAGCUACUGUAUAGAGGACUGCUGAAAAUCACAAACAGUUUGAAGUUUAUAGAUGAAAGAGACAGACAUUUAAUUUGGUUGAAUGGUUGUUUUUUUAAUUUGGAGAUUCUGACAAAGAAAGCUGGAGUUUACAAAAAUAAAAUAAAUCAUGAUGUGCUUAUCA